AUGGCGGAUAAUGGCCAAGAUGAGCUCGUCAGCGAGUUCUGCUCAAUUACUGGCGCGAGCCCCGAGAAGGCAACACAUUAUCUCGCGGCCAACGGCUGGCAGGUAUCUGCCGCCACCAAUUCGUACUUUCAGGACGAAGAUGAAGGCGCUGAGACGGGGCCGUCCGCUGCCGCUGAUGCCGGGUACACAGGUCCUCGCACCCUCGACGGCAGACCUGCCCCAGCUUCCUCCUCACGACCUGCCCGAUCAACAACCGCCCAGCCCAAGCGCAAAGGCGUUGCCACCCUAGGCUCCCUCAGCAGCGCCAAGCCAGAGCCGGCUCACAGAGAAGAUGACGACUACGACGAUGACGAUUACGAAGACGAAGAGGAUGAUAACCGCGGUAACUUGUUUGCGGGCGGAGAAAAGUCCGGCCUGGCAGUGCAAGACCCCAAGCAAGAUGCCGGCCCGAGAAAGAUCAUCAGCGACAUUUUGGCCAAGGCUAGAGAAAAUGCCGGCCGUCCAGAGUCCGAGGACGAAUCGAGCAGCGCUCCCUCGAACCAAUUUCGCGGCACGGGCAUGACGCUAGGUGGCGAUGGUGUUGAGAGUCGGAGCAUCGCUGACCCCAACGGCCCCAUCCGCUCCCGCAGCAGUCAGCCGAUAGAGCGCGUGCUGCACAUUUGGCAAGACGGUUUCAGCAUCGACGACGGCGACUUGCGACGCUUCGACGACCCCGCCAACCAGCAAGACCUCGCCAUGAUCCGUGCCGGUCGCGCCCCCCUACACCUCAUGAAUGUCGACCACGACCAGGCUGUCGACGUCAAGCUCGAGCAGCACGACACCCCAUACAAGGCGCUUCCCAAGAAGUACAAGCCAUUCUCCGGCUCGGGCCAGCGUCUCGGAAGCCCGGUACCCCACGCGCCGUCGGCCAAUGCGCCCGCGCCCGCCGUCGCAUCUGGUACCUCGACUGCCAGUGACGGUGCGGCUCCUAGCAGUCCCAUUCCCGACAUCGACCCGUCCCAGCCCACGGUUACGAUCCGGCUGCAGCUCCCCGACGGCGUGAGGCUGCCCGCUCGAUUCAACACUACCAGCACCCUCGGCGACGUCUACGACUUUGUCCAGAGGGCGUCAACAGCGACACAGUCUCGUCCGUGGGUGCUAGCGACGACGUUCCCCAACAAGGAGCACACGGACAAGAGCCUUGUGCUCGGAGAGAUGCCCGAGUUCAAAAAGGGCGGAACUGCGGUUGUCAAGUGGAAAUAG